AGCACUUUGUGAGACUGCACGAUGCAACUCCCUCCAAAAACAGCAAAUGGUAAAAGCAACCCUCUCCGAAGUCUUCAAUCAAAGUGAAAGGUUAAGUCAAAUCCCAGAUCGCAAGGGCCUGGGGGCUGGCACCACCUCCGUGGGCCUGGGAUCCUCGAGGAGGAGCAGUCAGGAAGACCAGGACCUCAGGUACUGCACCAUCGCCGACGGCGGCAAUAAUAACACGCUGAAGGAGCUGGAAUGCCAACGGGAUGCCCUCUUGCACGGCCUGGAGGUGGUGGAGUGGGCACGGGACUGGUACCGUCAGCAGAUCCUCGCCCUGCACCAGAGGCAGAAGCAUGUCAGGCGGGUCAUCGGGAACAAGGGCAUUCCCACUCAACCCGAAACCCAUCUGGUGAACAUCUACGGCAGUAGUUCCCUUCCUGAGGAUCAACUCGCCCAACCUCCCCAGGACCGAGCCUGCAGGCUAUUGGCCAAGAUCCAGGAAGUGAACUGCUGCCUUGGAGACCUCAUUUGCUCCUCUGGGAAGGAGCUGUCAUCCAAGCGUGAGCGCAUUGCCAUCUUAGAGCAGGAGAAAGCUUCUCUGGUCAAACGGCUGAUUGAGGCCCGAGGACAAGGCCAGCCAGCUAGCCCACCGCACCGUCCCUAUCCACACUGGGGAAGUGAAGGCACACCAUGA